AUGGCUGGCGGAGAUUCCGUCACUAACUUUGUGAUUGGCAUAUUUGUCUCUCUUGCUGCUUCAUUCUUGGAUGCCCUUGGGCUAAACAUUCUCAAAUUGGAUCAUGUUAAGGAAUCUAAACGAGAUGCAGAUCAACAACGGAAUGACUGUGGUCGCCCUUUGUGGCAUAUUGGACUCUACACAUAUAUUGGAAGUCAACUUAUCGGAAGCACCAUAGCACUCAAUUAUCUCAAGACCCAGUGGGUAGCUCCUUUAGGAAGUGCAGCAUUGAUCUACAAUUUCAUAUUUGCAAAAAUGCUCGUUAAUACAAAGAUUACCCGCAAAGAUGUAUUAGGCACCUGUGUUGUUGUAGCCUCUGUCAUCUGGAUUGUAGUCUUUGGUGGAAUGUAUAAUGGUGACGACCCCGAAGAGAAUAUCUCGCUCGAAAAUCUCAAGACAUUAUUUAUGCGUCCGAUAUUUAUCAUAUACUUUAGUGCCCUUAACAUCAUUACCAUAUCUGGCUUAAUUUUUGCUAUCUGGUCUCGGUGGGCGCUGGCUGAUAGCUCUCGCAAACGAAGAAACCCUUUGUUUGCUGGAAUGAAAGACAAGAAGAUGAGACGCUUAAUUGGUCUGAUGUUCAGCUUGGAUGGCGGCAUGCUAGCCAGCGAGACACUUUUACUAGCCAAGAGCGGUGUAAAACUGUUUACGCUUUCGGUCAGUUCACAAGUCAAUCAAUUCACAGACAACACCAGUAGAUUUGUAAUUCUUGCUCUGAUUGUUACGGCUGUUUUACAGGUCUACUGCCUCAAUAGUGCUUUAAAGCUCUACUCUUCUGUAGUAGUGGUUCCUGUGUUUUACGGCACAUACACUGCACUGGGGCUAGUCAACACCAUCAUCUAUUUGGAUGAGAUCAGCCACUAUCCUGGGUGGGCUAUUGCACUAGUGUUUGGUGGCAUUGGUGUCUUGAUCUACGGUGUUUAUCUUCUGAGCUCCAAACCAGAUCCCUCCCACCCUCAGGAAGAAGAAGCGGAAAUCGAACAGGAGAUGAACGUGCUAAAUCCAACCAGCUUAACAUCCGACUCGACCGCGUGGCCGACUGCCAAAGAGGAGAAGGAGGCUGCAGAAAGACGAUCUAUACCUCUUGGACUAGGCGAAUCGAGUGGAAGCCACCAACAACUACCACUUGACAACGAGAGUCUCUUUGGAGAAACCGUAAAGCCCAUAUCUCCUCCGCUUCCUCCUCCUUCUCGUCCUUUCAUGCGCUGGAUCCACAGAAUAAAACAGUCCCUGUCUUCUAACAAACCAGAAUCUCCUUCAAUUAACCACUCGUCAUCAGGAAUCACAAUGCCUUUGGUAGCCCAGACACGACAGAGAGCCGUUCCCCACGAAACACAGCAUACGCCCAAUCACCAUGAGAUGUUGUACUAUCCAGACCUUGAACAGCGGUCUCAUAUUGGUCUACAAGACACAGCGUCUUCUGGGUUAAAACCCUAG